CGCGCGUCGCGCCUUCCCGCAGCUGAGCGGAUCCCGCUGCUGAGACGCGCUGGAGGCGCAAGGAGACCGGACACCUGCCCGCCACAUUUAUGACCCCCAGUCUUCGGCCAUGACAAACAAUUACAACAGAACGUCUCCGGAGCGACUUGACAACAUGCCGAGCUUCGAGGUGACUCUGCGGCAACUCAACGAUCUGUUGACGGACGACAGCGGCUUGUACAGCCGGCCGACCCGACACUUCCACGAGGUCUUCCCGCGGAUCUACGUGGGCAACGCGUUUGUGGCGAUGAAUGCGAUGCGCCUGAAGCGGCAGGGCAUCACUCACAUCCUCAACGCGGCUGAGGGGAACUCCUUCAUGCACGUCAACACCAACGCUGAGUUCUACGCCGGCACGGGCAUCGUCUACCACGGCGUGGCGGCCAGCGACACCGACCACUUCGACAUCAGCGUGUUCUUCGAAGAGGCUGCGGAGUUCAUCGAGAAGGCGCUAGCGUACAAAAAUGGAAAAGGUAAAGUGUACGUUCAUUGCAGGGAAGGCUACAGCCGCUCGCCCACUUUGGUCAUAGCCUACCUGAUGCUUCGGCGCAACAUGAACGUCCACGCCGCUGUGGCCACGGUGCGGCACAAACGGGAGAUCGGCCCAAACGACGGCUUCCUCCGGCAGCUCUGUCGGCUGAACCAGCGGCUGGCUGCCGAAGGAAAGUUCUGCAACAAAUAAAGCAGAUACACUGUCCUUGAGAGAGAGAGAGAGAGAGAGAGAGAGGUACAUGCCAUGGUACAUUACUCUAUUCCACCUGUUUUGCUGCGUUAAAGGAGGGAAAGAUUGAAAGGCAUUCUCUCUUAGACUAUGGCUGAUGGCACUAGUACAAAAUAAUAUACCAAAACCUUUGAAUGGACUGCACAGUAUUUUAACAACACAGUAUUACACCUCUUAGUUCAGGUCUAAGUGAAUUACUGAAUAAUCAGUAGCCGUGUUUUGUUUUGUAUCUUAUAUAGUUGUGUUUUUUUCUUGCUUCUCACUAUUCCAGAGACAACAAAGUAUAAAGGAAAUAUUAAUAUUCUAAUAAUCUAAAAAUAUUUGUGCUCUUCAUCUUAGCCUCACUCCUGCAGCAACUGCCAAAUCUCUCUUUCUCCCAGAUUCCAAGUGGACACUGUGAUUUUUUAAUAGAUUUCAGGUUACCACAAGAUGCCAUGACUUUUUUCUUUUUCCUAUUAGUUCAUUGAAUUACAUUGCACAGCAGUCUAGAUGUUUGUCUCAGUCAUACAUUUGUCUUGUUGGUGCUUUACACGAGGAGAAAGCUGAAAGGCGAGUGAAAAAACAAAACAAUUCUAGCGAUCCGUUUAAGUCUGGUCAAUUUUUUUUAUUUGUGUUUAUUUUUUGCUUUAUCUGUGAAGGAGAAAAGGUUUUGCCAAAGUACUUUUAAUACUCACCACUGCUCUGUGUUGUCAAUAGCAUUUUUUUUUCCAGGUGAGUUUUAUUUAAAUACCUUGCUAACACUCACUCUCACUGUUUAGAGUGCAUGAAGAAAUUUUAAAAGAGUGAAAGGUCACUUGGAACAAUGAAAUUGAUGCUAUUACACCUGUUUAGAACAUGGAGUGGUGGUAGAUUUCAGCCUCCAAAACAACGUCUACAGCUAAUUACUUGACGACAACAAAACAAAGCAGGAAUGAUGCAGCAUUUAAGGAAAUACUUUUGUAUUGUAUCUUUAAUUAGAAGUCUUUUUACAAAGAAUGUGAUAGGACUAUUGAGGCCACCCCCGUGUCUUUGUGAUCAUUAUGAAGCUAACGCAGGGGGCCAGUUAGCACAAAGUGAAAGUGUGGAAAAGGCGGGAAACGGCUAACUUUUUCUUAACGCUUUGUGCUAAGCUAAGCUAUGUGGCUGCAGCUUCAAAUUUAUAUAAUACAAAGAUGGAAACAGUACCAAUCUUCGUACCUAACAAGCAAAAGUUUAAUUCCUGAAACAAUUUGUUCUUUUGACUAGGAGUGAUGACAGGAUAUCACAAUCUUGAGCAUGUGAGGAUUAUUUAGAAAUUCUUCAGUGAGCGGAACCAAGCCACUAAAGCAUCCGAUUGUAACUUAAACACUGCCAAAAUGUGAGCAAAUAAUAAAAGCAUUAUUAUUAUUUCAGCCAACCCCUCUUGCACAUUAGUGUAUUUUGUUUUAUAAAGUACAGCAGCAUGCUUUGUAAUAUAAGUGUAAGCCGAAGCCGUAUCUAUAGAUAUAUCUAUGUACUUGUUGAGUCAUGGUGUAUAUUAUUGUUGUGUGUUUAUUACACAAUGUGCAUUACUUAGCUUGCAACUUUAGAAUCAUCAUGUGCAUUACUGAGUAGGAUGUGAUGUAAGUUGUCGCUAGGCUUCCAUUGAAUCUCACAGUUUAAGAGGCUGCUUUAAUGAAAUGCACUUUAUCUAAUGACACUGGUGAUUGUUGUCGCUUCCUUUCCUACAUGCAGUAAUAAAGUGAAAAUGACAAACCA